ACAUAAACAACACUCAAAAGUUUCUUCUUCACAUCGAUCAUACAAAAAAUGGAUUUCAGAGACGCCGGUGAAACUCAGUCAAAGUACAAAGGAAUCCGUCGUCGGAAAUGGGGCAAAUGGGUAUCGGAGAUUAGAGUUCCGGGAACUCGUGACCGUCUCUGGUUAGGUUCAUUCUCAACCGCCGAAGGCGCCGCCGUAGCACACGACGUUGCUUUCUUCUGUUUACACCAACCUGAUUCAUUAGAUUCUCUCAAUUUUCCUCAUUUGCUUAAUCCUUCAAUCGUUUCCAAAACUUCGCCGAGAUCUAUCCAGCAAGCUGCUUCUAAUGCCGGAAUGGCCAUUGACGCCGGAAUUGUCCACAGUAACGGUGGUUUUGUGUCGGGAAAUUCUGGGUAUGGUGAUACGACGGCGUAUUGUGAGAAUGGAGCUGUGGAAAUGGAGCCGUUGAAUAUUUCAGUGUAUGAUUAUCUGGACGGUCACGAUCACGUUUGAUCUUCUUUUGAAUAAGAUUACGUACCACAG